CCCCAGAUCUGUUUCGAAUUUAGCAAGUCAUUAAUACAUUGCGCGGGUGAAUUAUGUCUUCGUGUUGAAAAUACGGAAUAAAUAAACUCUAGAUUCUUAGUAAAGUUUUACGUGGUUUCACGGGAGAUCUGGAGCGUCGUUGAUGCAAUUCUUGAAUUACUCAGGGCAGUUUAUUCGAUUAGUGACUCACUUUAGCGCGGUUUGCAGAACGGUCGGCUGGACGUCACCUACUCAUGGAUUGAGGUUAUAUUGUUAUUAUUUAUCUGUCAGGAGUAAAGUAGCGACCUCCUGUGCAUAAGCGGUAUAGGAUAAAGAGCGGAUUGGUAUGUUGAGUUAAGUUUGCUCGUCGGGUCGAAAAGAUUACCAAGAUUGAGGUUUCGAGAAUGGCCGAGGAGUCGGACACCCUGCGACGUUAUAGCGAAGAAGUCGAGCUCGCCGAGGCCGAGGUCGAAGGUGACGACGUAGAUGAGGAAGAAUCCGAUGGAGUCAUAGUGCCGGAACUCCAGGGAGUUCUGUCCAAGUGGACCAAUUAUAUUCAUGGAUGGCAAUCUCGCUUCAUUGUUUUGAAGGAUGGAACUUUGUCGUAUUAUAAAUCUGAACAAGACAGUGGAUUUGGAUGCCGAGGCUCCAUAAGUCUCUACAAAGCGGAUAUCAAGGCUCAUGAAUUUGAUGAAUGUAGAUUCGAUGUGUCCGUGAACGACUGUUUAGUUUGGUACUUACGCGCAAGUAAUCCAGAAGAUAAGCAACGCUGGGUUGAUGUACUAAAGUCAUAUAAGGCUGAAUCUGGAUAUGGGAGUGAAAAUAGUUUGAAACGUCAUGGUAGUGCCAUCUCUCUUGUAUCGAAUACACAAUCGACUGCAAGUGCUGGUAGUUUCAGUAAAAGAGGAUUUCGUGGACUGAAAGAAAAACUGGCUGAAAUAGAAACGUUUAAAGAUAUCUUGGUGCAACAAGUUGACACGUUACAAAAAUAUUUUGACAGUUGUGCAGAGAAUGCUAAAAACAUGCCUGUUAAAGCACACAAAACUCAAAGCACUUUUGAUCCUGCGGAUAAAGCUGUAGAUUUUAAAGGUGAAGCGAUUACUUUCAAAGCUACAAGUGAAGGUGUUAUAGCUACACUGCAACAUUGUUUAGAAUUAAUGUCUCAGCGAGAAGAUGCAUGGCGUCGUAGGUGGGAGAAAGAAGUUGAACGAAGACGGAAGUUGCAGGAAUUGUACAGAGUUUUGAAAGAACAAGCGAUUCAUCAAACUGAUUCUCCAAGACCUAGAGUCCUUAUUCACGGUGGCCCGGAUUAUGAGGAAGGUCCACAUAGUGCUCUUUGUGACGAAGAGUUCUACGAUGCAGUGGAAACUGGGUUGGAUAGAAUUGAUGAGGAGAAUCAGCUGAGAGACCGAUUAAAACAGAAGUCGGUUUCAAUUCCAUUAAGCCCAGCUACUCCUGCAGUGAAUCACAGACUUUGGCCUGAAAUAGAAAAAAUUUCGACGGAACAGUUGCAUUAUGCUCGAUUAGGAGUAGGUGGAACAGGUGGCUGGCAAUUGUUUGCAGAGGAUGGUGAUAUGCGAAUGUAUAGACGUGAAGAAGAGGCUGAUGGGCUGGUUGUGGAUCCGUUGAAAGCUUGUCACGUUGUAAAAGGCGUUACCGGAUAUGAAGUUUGUAAGAUUUUCUUUAGUCCCGAAUACAGGAGCGAAUGGGAAGCGACUCUGGAGGAUAUGACAGUCGUAGAGAAUAUUUCAAAGGACACAUUGGUCUUUCUGCAAACCCACAAAAGAAUCUGGCCAGCAAGUCAACGGGAUGCAUUAUUCUGGUCACAUAUACGCAGAGUAGCCGAUGAUCAAGAUCCUGAUGCACUUGAUCUAUGGAUUGUUUGCAAUCACAGCACUGAACAUCCGGAUUAUCCUCCGAACACAGGGAAAUGCGUGAGGGUCUACUUGACCGUCUGUCUUGUCUGCCAAACGUUCAUUGAUCCACCCAAAGAAGGUGAAGAAAUUAAAAGGAGCGACAUCACGUGUAAAAUCACGUACUGCUCCGUAGUGAACCCUGGUGGCUGGGCACCGGCAUCAGUGUUACGUGCACUUUAUAAGCGGGAAUAUCCGAAAUUUCUUAAACGCUUCACGAACUUCUGUAUCGAUCAAUGCAAAGAUAAACCCAUCAAAUUCUAAGAUUUAUCGUUUCACCUGAACUUUUUUACGGUUACCGGCGGUAUACUAGGUUGCACGCGAGUCUAAUAAAAGUUUUGUUACCUGAGGAUAGGGAAAUAGACGUUCAAUAAAGCAAAACAUUCUAUAGAGAAUUAUUGAAUCAUAUUUUAGCCUGUUUUCCAGGCUCUUUCCUUUUUGCAUGUAAGACAGUCGUAAAACGACUGAAGGUAUACAAAAAACACGAAUUGGUAUACGUGAAUAUAUGAAAGAUUAGACGUGUAACUUCUGAACUGAUUUUAAACAAAAGACUCACGAAACACUGCAAAUAAAAUGACAGAAUUUCAUACUAUGACUUAUAAUAUAUUAAUUGUGGUUCUCGUUUAUAAAUUCGUCUUUUUAACAUACAGAAUGAAAUAUUAAUUCAUUGUAAUUUAAAUGCCAUAAUGUUACAAAGAAUUAUUCUACCGGUGUCACGUACAAAUUUUAUUACAUAAACAUGAUUAUUUACUGUUAUACUAUGUCAGAUAUAUGAGAAAAGGUAUCAUAUCCGUACACAUUAUUUUGUUAUUUUUAUUUAUAAUUAAACAUGUAUGUCGUGGUAAGACAAAAUCUGAAAUAUGGAUAGUAAAUAAAGACUGUUAAAGGUUUAA